GGUGAUCAUAAUUCGUGGUUAAUUGGAGAUAGUGGUUAUCCACAAGAGCCAUGGCUUAUGACUCCUAUUCAAGGAGUUUUGAAAAAUAGGUUUCGUUGUCUAUUGAAAGACAGGGUCUUACAUUAUGCCCCCUUCAGAGCUGUCACAACAUGUGUGUUAGGGCUAAUUUGGAUAUGGAAGAUCAAGAAGAGGAGCAAGAUGAUAAUGAUGUUCCAGAGUCGGAUGCUAUUGUAAGCAAUGUUCUUGAACAAGGGCAGGCAAGGAGAGUCAACAUAAUACAAUUGUAUUUUCAAAAUGUUAGAUAGAUAUUUCAAAUAAAAUGAAACUAAAAUUAAAAAAAAUAUUUUAUUGUGAAAAACACCAUGAAAC